GGUUCUACGUAGGUCCCACUCUAUGUGUGGAUGUAAGCCCCUCAGUUAUGCGCAGUAGGGUGGGCGGGUCAACAUUCGCCCAUGUUCUUAAUACGAUUCAUUUAGUGUUCGAGAAACAGAGAGUCACACGCGACAGUGUAGUGUUGACGUCCAUUGUUAUAGGUCACUCAGUGUCCAGUUUAAAAAAGUUUUAGUGAGUGUUCAAGUACCUAAAUAUGAAUCGUAAAUGUAUAUUAACGAUCUUUACUAUCAUAUUGAUCGUAUGUGCCGAAGGUAGGAAAACUUCGGGUCGAAGCCGAGGUUCUGGUGGAUCGGGUCGCGGAACUAGCCGAAGAACAAAUUAUAAUCCUCAACCUGCGCCAACUUCGUUUAGUCAAGCACAAGCACAAAAGCCUACCUUGUUUGGAUGGCAGGAGCGACCCGGUCAAUCAUCAUGGCAAUCAAAAUCAUCCAGUGGACAAAGUCACUCAUAUCCUUCGAGUGGCACUGGAAGUCAUACAUAUUCUAGUGGCGGCAGCGGCAGCCAUUCGUAUCCUAGUGGUGGUAGUGGGAGCCAUUCAUAUCCUAGUGGUACUGGAUUAUCUGGCGACAACAAGCCAAAAUCUAGUGGUGGCAGUAGUCAUUCAUAUCCCAGUGGUGGUAGUGGGAGCCAUUCAUACCCCAGUGGUGGUAGUGGAAGCCAUUCAUACCCCAGUGGUGGCAGUGGAAGCCAUUCAUAUCCUAGUGGUACUGGAUUAUCUGGCGACAACAAGCCAAAACAACCAUCUUCUCCUAAUCAGCAAGCAGCUUCCUACCCGGCUUCACCUGGCUUAUCAGGAAGCGCUGGCGGUGGCUAUCCCCAGCAAACUGGAAGCAAAUAUCCACAGCAGGGAACUGGAACCGGGCAGGUGGGGUACCCGCAGUCAGCACAUAACUAUCCACAACAACACGGAGUGGCUGGUACUGGUUCAGCAGGUGCGCCACCACCAUACACACCAUAUCAAAACAACUAUGGAAACCAAUAUCAUCCUCAAGGCCCACCACCUCCUUAUUCAAACUAUGGUGGGUCUAACUAUGGCGGCGCUGGUGGACACGGUUUUUACAAUCCUGGAUUUGGCCCCCAAGUACCCGGAUAUUUUGGAAACUAUGGUAAACCAAGUGGAGGAAUGAGUCGCGGUGGAAGCGCCCUGGCAGGAGUGGGUAUUGCUGGUGCAGGUAUUGGAACAGUAUUAACUGGGUUGGCUCUUUGGAAUUUGGCUCGUUCGACAGGACAUCAUCAUCACACGGUUGUUUACGAUAAUAGAGGACAACCUGUAGCUGUGGCACCGGCCAAUGAUACGCCAGCUGCUACGGAUUCCAUUUUAGCUGAUUUAGUAAAUUGUAGUUUGGCAAUAAGUAAUGAUGAUAAAACCGAAGUGCUGGCGAUACCAUGUUCUAUUGCUACCUCAUUCACUCCUGAUGCUAAUGUAAAGGACUCCGAUGUUAAUAAAGACCCUAAUGAUAAUACUAAGUGCACCAUUGCGGUUCUCACAAAGGCCGGUAAAGAGUAUAUGACCACUAUACCGUGCUCGAUUCUUCUGAAUACAGCUGCAGAAAAUAAUGUAACAGAACCUCCCUUAGUAAUUGAUCAACCUAUCAACAACAACAACUUUACUGGCGACGGAGACAUCCAAAACAACGGCACCAUGAUUGAAAAUGCUCCAAGGGGAGAACCAACAGCUCUAGGGCUUUCCAGUGACGAUGUAAAUGGAGAUGAUAAAAAGCUUGCUCAACUAAAUUGCACUGUGCAACCGGAAGAAAUAAGGGAUCCAAUAAAUCCGUGUUUUUCGAUUAAUCACAAUUUAACUGUUAUACCUCUGCCAACAACGGAGGCACCAAAAUGAUUUACUUGUAGCAUUAAAAAAAUUAUAAUUCACUUUUAUGAACUUUUUUUUUGGUUUAAAAAUAAUAUUUGCUCACUUCACUGGUAUUUGUUACCUAAAUUGUUAAGUGGAAUUUGUUACACGAAUGUUACUCUACAGUUACAACAUCUGUUUAAUUUCUUUUCUAAGUGGCUUUAUUGUUUUGGAUUCAAUCAGAUGAUAGGUUGGAUAUUACAUGGUUGUCACACAGAGUGUUGAAUUUGUAUAGUUAAAUCUUUCGAGUGAGUGUCGAUCACCGCUUGCGUUUGUAUUUUCACUAAUACCUAUAUUUUGCGAUUUUGUUGGUCGUUUAAAUGGAUUGUUUACACGAAGAGUGGCACGUACCUUUAGCUUGUUAUAGAAAAGUAAAAACGCAAUCAAAGUCGCGGGCAAAGCACUUGUUGUGUGUAAUACCCAGUUGAAUCGAUUCAUUCAGAUAUAGUAUUAUGUAUAUCUAAUAAUUAAUAAGAUAAAUAUUUACAAUAGUAUUAGUAUUCUACCUAUUCUGUUUAACGUUAGUCAUAGACACAAAAUUUUUGUUGUUAAGCGAAAAAUAAAUGCAUGUGUUGUUGUA